AUGACUCUCCAUAUUUCACAUCCAUACACCGCAGUAUAUGUCAAAUCUCAAGUUUCAAUUUCUCGUAGCCACAGAAUCAUGCUAGUGUUCCGAGCAUUGGCGCUUUUCUGCGCCUCAAUGGCGUUCGUGGGUGCUACCGUGGUACUGUCGCUACGCGAGAGUGCACUCAACUCGCCUAAUUUUAUCAUAGAAGCGACUAACUCUGAUCUUUCACUUUUCAGCGGUCCUAGGUCGUACUACACUUUACUCAUAUUAACGUCUACAGACCCCCGCCACGAGUGUGAAUUGUGCUUGUUGCUUGAAAACAUAGUCGCUAAGGUGUCUAGGUCGUAUUUCCGGGACCAUUUUGCCAGUGAUCUGGUUUUCAUAGCCAAAGUCGAUAUUGUGGAUCGUACAAAUAUCGAUAUUUUCGACCUGCUUGGGUUGUCAGAGAUCCCCCAUAUAUGGCUUGUGCCACCUUCGCAUCGUAUAGGCAACUUGGAAGCCGAUAAUGAGUCGUGGGAAGACAAGUUGUACAUCUUGAAGCAACCGCACUUGGAGUUUAAGCUUCCAAUUGCCAACGAAAAUACCCAAGUCAUGGCCAUGGCGCAAUGGCUCGCAGAGACGAUCCUGAAACCCAUCCAUGUGGAAGCGGCGGACGGGGGAAUGUACUAUUUUGUUCGCAAUUUUGCAAUCACAUUUGCGCUCAUUCUCAUUGUGAAAAAACGGGGUCCACGAGCUUUCAAAAACGCUGGAAAAAAGCCGGUAUACUCCAUUUUGGCUAUAGUUGCAGUGCUACUAUUCACGUCUGGAUAUCACUAUACAACGCUGCAAAAAGUGCCCUUUGUCGCUCAGAACGACGACCGACAAUUCAUAUACAUUUCGGGCGGCAGCCACUACCAAUUUGGAAUUGAAACUUUGAUAGUAGCAGCAAACUACCUUGCACUAGCAUCUGCUACGCUAUUAUUGAUUUUUCUUGGCCGUUAUAAGGUAAAAUCUACACGAUUUAUUCACAGUGAAAAUAUGCGAGCGACGUUAAUUUCAGUCACUGCUGUUGCAAUUUUUCUACUUUUUAGCUGCUUGACGUCCAUUGUCUUGAGAAAAGACCACGAGUACCCCUAUGCAUUUGCAAGACUAUUUUAG